GGGGCGCCCUAGGGCGGAAGGCGGAAAGCGCUUUGUUUGAAAGAGAGAAGUUGACGAGACUGCAGGAACUGCGUCUGAAGAGCAGCUGUUGGUUGGAAUUGGCUCAGGUCUUUUGUGGAAAAAGGCGGCGGGGCCCAGACCUGCUGGUGACGCAUUCUUUUCAAAAUGGUGGAAGACGAGCUGGCAUUAUUUGAUAAAAGCAUAAAUGAAUUUUGGAAUAAAUUCAAAAGCACUGUCAGUGACACCUCCUGUCAGAUGGCAGGACUACGAGAUACCUACAAGGACUCCGUGAAAGCAUUUGCGGAAAAACUGUCUGUGAAAUUAAAGGAAGAAGAACAAAUGAUUGAGAUGUUUCUGGAAUAUCAAAAUCAAAUCUGCAGGCAGAAUAAGCUCAUCCAAGAAAAAAAGGAUAACUUGAUGAGGGUGAUUGCUGAAGUAAAAGGUAAAAAGCAAGAAUUGGAAGCAUUGUCUGCAAAUAUCCAAGAUCUUAAGGAAGGAUAUACCAAGAAGAAAGAAACCAUUUCUGCUGCUAAAAAAGCUAAUGAAGAGAGGUUGAAAAGGCUGCAGAAAUCUGCAGACCUGUAUAAAGAUCGACUUGGACUAGAAAUUCGAAAAGUUUAUGGUGAUAAAUUACAGUUUAUUUUCACUAAUAUUGAUCCAAAGCAUCCUGAGAGCCCAUUUAUGUUUUCUUUGCACCUAAAUGAAGCAAGAGACUAUGAAGUGUCAGAUUGUUCUCCUCAUCUUGAAUGCUUAGCAGAAUUUCAAGAGAAUGUAAGAAAGACCAACAAUUUUUCAGCUUUUCUUGCCAAUGUUCGGAAAGCUUUUACUGCUAUGGUUUAGAAUCAACGUAUAAAUAGUGUAUAAAAACUUUCAUUUUCUUCCCUAUCACGUAUCUCUUAAAAAGAAUUCUCAUUAUUCAUUGUUUGCCUAUAAUCCUUUUGUAUUUUUGUAACAUUUCUGUGUGCUGUAUUUCUCUAAAUUAUUUUAAUUAAAACCUUAGGAAAGAAAAUUUAUAGUCAAAUCUGUUCUUUUUAAAAUGAAAACUUUUCUAUGCAUGGUGUAUAUAAAUAUGUAUAAAUUUUAAUAGCAAAUAUGGGUUUAUGGCUAACCUGGGAAUGGGAAUUUAUAUAGUCAGUACUGUGACUCAGUGGUUUUUGAAGGUUUUUGAAGGUCAGUGACUAGUAAUAUUUUAAAAAGACUCUUUCUGAUGAACUUAAUAGUAUUUACACAUGUUGACUUUAGUGAUGUACAACUGACACUUAUAUAUUAAUUUAGCGUUAUUGUGAAAGGAUUCAUCAGAGACAGAGUGAGGAACAGAACAGGCAGAUCUACUGAAAAACACUGCCUAGGGGAAGAACAGUGGGCGAGCCAGGAGAGGUCUGCUGUGCCAUGUGGGUUAACUCCCUGGCUGGGGAUGUGGAUAGCUUCGUAGUGCUGAGACUUAACCCUUUGUGCCACUAGGGAGGCCCCCGAACAACUUUUCACCCUAACUGCCAUCUACUUGUGAUAUUUGCCUGAAAAUUAUUACAUUGGUAUUUGCUGGGGGCGGGUGGGGGGAGAACUUAGGAGGGUAGCUGUAGAACUGGCAAAUUUUUAAAUGUACUUGGCAAAAUAAAUACUAUUAUUUGCUAUCAUCCUAAUAUCAUGAAAGAAUCUUUUUCUCUCACACCAAAAUGGAUCUGCAGUUAAAAUAAAGGAUAAACCUUCACAUCAGAAGAAUGUUGGUGGUAUUCUAAGAUGUCCAGAAAGGACAUAUUUUUGAAAAUCCAAAGGUAAAAAAAUUAUUACCAGUUUCCAUUUUAUAAUUCAUAUAUUUUUAGUCAUGGUCUGGAUAUAAGUUUGCCAUCUAGAAUUCAAAUGUCAGUGCUUAGUCUAAAAUUUUGUUUUUGUCACACACCUAUCCUGGUAUGUUUGGUUGUAUUUAGAUAUGCUGGCUAUUGUGGAAGCCAUAUAAUACUGUUUCAGGUUAUUGUGUACACACCUGAAAACCAUGGCCUCCGUGCCUCAACUUCCUUCUGCUUCUUCCUGAAGCUUAAGGGAAACUUUCAGGCCAGUGGUCUAGUUAAUGGAAGUACAAUAGAAAUUUCAAAAUACUCUUUCUCAGCAUUCUUGCUAGGAGGCUCAGAGCUCUGUUCACAUCAUAUAGCAGUGGCGUUUAUCUGAGAAGAAUGUUAUAGAUUGGUGGUAAUGUUAUCACUCACCCAUUCCUAUGUGCUGAUCAACUUUUAGGAACCGCUGAUUCGUAUUCUGAGAGAUGAAAGGCUAGUAGGCCUAUGCUGGAGAUUGGUGUGUGUGGCACUACUAAUCUUACUUCAGCAUGGACUUGGUUAAAGGUACUUUUUUAACAAAGGAAGUACAGUGAGCAAAUUUAGAGUUUUCUUAGCAGAACAGCUUUGUUUUUUGUGGACCUCACUUGAUUUGGACCUCAAGUUGGAUCCAUUUCUUAGCUGGUCUAGGUUGAGGCUCCAUGGGAUGGACCCCAGCAAUUUCAAGCUCAGCUUAGUCCUUGGUACAUGCACUGGAUUACAUAGAGGCCCCCUGAAACCCAGACUUGGAGGUUAAACCUCAUUACUGAACUAAGAGUGGGGGUGUUAAUUGUUCUCCAAAAGGAACAAGACUAAAUAUUUGACAUCAAAAAGUAUCAGAUGACUACUACGCUGAAUUCCCUUGCUUAAGAUAUAUCCAUAGGGAACAAACAUAAAACUUAAGGAAAGCUCUUCAUUUGAACUACAGAGUGAGAAGACCCUAGGCAUUGACGUGGCUUACUGCAGUAAGGAAUACUGAAGGAUUCAUUUAUAAGUUAGAGAAAUGAAGACUGGGUCUGAGAGAAGAAAUGGGUAGCUCCCAUCCAAAGGUCUGUUUUUCCUCAAGCACAAUCAUUUUUUACUUCUGACUGGGGCAUGGAGAGAUUGCAGGAAAAUUAUAUAGCAGGAAAGUCACACAAGGUUAGCUCAGGAACCAGAUUUGUACAAAGUCAAAUGUACAAAGAAAAGCAUACUUUCAUAAUAAACAGAGGAACUUAAGUCAUAGGACUUGAUUUGUUUUCUCAGCUGGGAUGUUGAUUCCUUCCAAAAUUGGAAUGAGGCGUGACCACCUUGAAAUAACAGUUAAUGCUUUUUUAGGGGUUUAGCACUCAACUAUUCUAAGCUCUUUACAUGUGUCUGCUAAUGUAUGAUACCACAACAAGGUGUGAGGUAGAUACGAUCCAUAACCUUGUUCUACAGAUAAUCCAACAUACAGAGAGUUUAGUAACUUCCAGGUCAUAUAGCUGGUAAUUUGAGAGUGGAGGUUCAAGUGUAGGUGACUGCCUGGCACUGAGUCUCUGACCUUCACUUUCUAUUUCAUAUUGCAAGGUAAGUAAAAAGUAAGUAAAGGAGUUGUUAAUGAAGAUUCUAACCAAAUGUAUUUCUAAAAUUUAGCCUUUCAUGUUUCUAUAGAAUCACAACACUUACAGUAGAAAAUUGCACUUUGAAUGAUUAAUAGUACACAUGAAAAGCAAAUUAAACUAUCCUAUUUUGUGUGGAGAUUUCUUGACCUACCAAACACAGAGCUUCCAUAUGAUCCAGCAAUUCCACUCCUAGGUAUUUACCCAAAGGACACAGAAACAUUAAUUCCAAAGGGCACCUGCACGCCUAUGUUCAUAGCAGCACUAUUUACAAUAGCUAAGCUUUGGAAACAGCCCAAAUGCCCAAAAAUAGAUGACUGGAUCAAGAAGAUGUGGUACAUAUACACCAUGGAAUAUUACUCAGCAUUCAAAAAAGAUAAACACAUGCAGUUUGCAGCAACAUGGAUGGAGCUGGAAGGGAUCAUGCUCAGCGAAAUAAGCCAAAAAGAAAAAGAAAAAUACCGGAUGGUCUCACUCAUAGCACAAAUUUAGAAAACUUAAAUAAGAGACCAGGAAAAAGACUAAUCAAUAUAAAAUCAAAAUCAACAAGCAACUAUAAA